UAAGAAGACCUUAAGUUUGCGGUAUAUUAGAUACCGUCUGUGUUGGAUUUACACAGUGUCUGAAAGAACUUCCACAAAAUGCCAUCGUACAAGCUGUAUUAUUUCGACUUUAGAGGGUUAGCUGAGCUGCCUCGUUUGAUUUUCAAACAAGCCGGAGUUGAUUUCCAGGACAUCAGAUUCAGCCGAGAGGAAUGGCCACAACACAAACCAGAUUUUCCGCUAAAAACGGUACCAGUGCUGGAAGUGGACGGUCGGCAGAUAACUCAGAGUAUGGCAAUAACGCGAUACCUGGCAAAGGAGUUCGGCCUGUUUGGAUCAAACAAUAUAGAGGCAUUAUUGAUUGACGAGCUUAUGGAGAUCUUCGCAGAAAUAAGGAAUAAUCACCUUGGAAAAAUCUACUCUGAACAAGACGAGACAAAAAAGACAGAACUUAUUAACGCGUUUAAGACGACAAAUGCACCGGUCUACUUCAAUCUCGUUGAGAAAAGAAUGAAAGAGAACAAAAGUGGAAGCGGAUUUUACGUUGGAGCGAAAGUAAGUGUGGCAGAUUUGCUCAUAUACAACUCCAUGUUCGCAAUUCGUGACCGCCUCAAAAAAACGGGAGUCGACCUAUUUGAGGGGAGAACACUGUUUGAAGAACACUACAAGCGAGUGGAUGCGUUGCCAAACAUCGCAAAAUGGGUGAAAGAACGAAAAGUGACGGACUUGUAAAGGGUCAUGAACAACGAUGAAAACGACAAUACACACAUUUAGAAAUUAUUAUCAUCUGUUUAAUGAUGCCAAGAAAAGUUUACAUUACCAUUAGAAAACAUGUGAAACGACAAUAUUCAAGCGAUUAUAGUGCCGCUUUUUUCAGUGUAAACGAAGUUUAGUUUAAUUUUGCUAUUGUGCUUCAGCAUGACAAGAGUUAUUGUGUAAAAGACCUGUUACUUAUAAAGUCAUAAAUGCAUCAAUUCGACUGUAUGUGUUCAUUUAUUGUCGAAAUUAAUAAAGAUUACCCACACUAGUAA